AACUCCUUAAAAUUGCUCUCAAGGCGGAGAAGAAGAAGAAGAAGAAGAAGAAGAAGAAACGGCGCCGUUUAUUUAUUGUCUAUCUUGGUUUUCCACGCACCGAGGUUGGUAAUUUUCGGAGUCUCUGCUUUUUGUGUUACUGAAGAUGAAACUAAUCUAAUAAUUCAAAGAGUGAGUCUUUGAUUUGUAUUUUGCUGUUUUGUGUUUUUUGAGUGGAGAAAGCUUUAAGAAGAGUGAAAGAUGGUGAUGGACUCAUCAAAAUGGUGGUGGAUUGGAAAUCACAACACUACUAAUUUCUCUCCUUGGCUUCAUUCUACUCUCUCUGAAUUGGAUGAAAAGACAAAGGAAAUGCUGAGAGUGAUUGAUGAGGAUGCUGAUUCUUUUGCGGCACGAGCUGAGAUGUAUUACAAGAAAAGGCCCGAGCUUAUAGCUAUGGUGGAAGAAUUCUACCGUUCACAUCGCUCCUUGGCCGAGAGGUACGACUUGUUGAGACCCUCUUCUGUGCAUAAACAUGGCUCAGACUCGGAGAGUCAUGAGAAAUCAUCAACUUGUGAUGAGUCUUCUUGGUCUGAGGCUUGUGAGACUCAUGAGGAGUAUGCGGAGUCUGAAAUAGAUAACGGUGAAAGCAAAUGGGUCGAUGAAAGUGAAAUUGAUGGCAUUGUUGAGGAAAUAGAACCAUCGGAAGUCGUUUACAGUGAAGGUAAUGGAAAUUCUGAGAUGAUGAAGAUAGAGAUAGAGAGGCUGAGAGAGGAGAAUAAGGUUUACAGUGAAAUGGUGAGAGAGAAAGAUGAAGAGAAGAGAGAAGCUAUAAGGCAAAUGAGUGUAGCAAUACAAAUGCUUAAAGAAGAGAACUCAGAGCUUAAGAAACGUGUUACCAAUACUGUUGUUGCAAGGCGUAAUAAGGAAGGUGGUGAUUCUCAGAGGAAGCAACAGAUGUGGAAGCCAUUUGAGUUUAAGAAGAUUAAGCUUGAAGGGUUAUGGGGGAAAGGCUUUGGCAAUUGGGCUCUCCCAAACACAGAUUCUACUUCCAAAGAGCUCAUGACUCUUUAGAGGAGACAGAGAGGUCCGAGUGAUCAAGAACAGAAACUGAGGAACUUUCUCUAAAUAUCUUUGUACUCUGUGAUAGGUAGGGUAUACUCUCAACUAGUUAGCGUAAGGUAUAUCAUAGGAUUGUAGUUAUACCUAAGUCCAUGGAUGUUUGUUACAUUUUCUAUUGUUCGUUUCUUGUUUAAAUAUAAUUGUCUUUCUUUUGAAAUCAAUUGUUUUGUUCUUUAAUAUCUGUAAGUUUGUUUUCUUUUACUUUAUGUGUGUAAUAAAUGGUGAUAAGAAGUUGUUGUUUAAAAGGUUUGACCAUUAUUU